AGAACAAGACCAGCCAUGAGCCACUCUUCAAUGCAUACCUCCACCUCCUACAGGCGCACCUUUGGAAGCCCACACCCCAUCUCCAUGUCCUCUUACUCCUCCGUGUCUUCCCGUAUGCCCGUUUCCGGAGGGCGCUAUAUGCGUUCAAUGUCACCUGUGGUUACGUCCCGCGCCACCACCUACCAACAACAGCGUUCCCGCUCCAGCACCCAGCCCCCUCGCGUCUCCUACGACAAGGUGGACUUCACCCUGGCUGAAGCCAUCAACCAGGAGUUCCUAACCACCCGCAGCAACGAGAAGGCCGAGCUGCAGGAGCUCAAUGACCGCUUCGCCAGCUUCAUCGAGAAGGUGCGCUACCUGGAGCAGCAGAAUGGUGCGCUGCAACAGGAGCUCAACCAGUUCAAGGGCCAGCAGCAGCAUGGUCAGCCCAACCGCGCCACCGACCUGUUCCAGGAGGAGCUGAGGGAGAUGCGGCGCCAGAUGGACGCCAUCGGAAAGGACAGGGACCAGUACCUACUGGAGAGGGACAACCUGGCUGAGGACCUGGCCCUGCUCAAGCAGAGGUUGGAGGAAGAAGCCCAGAAGAGGGCAGAUGCUGAGAAUAACCUGCUUGCCUUCCGCAAGGAUGUGGAUGAUGCCACGUUGUCCCGUCUGGAGCUGGAGAGGAAGAUUGAGUCUCUGAUGGAUGAGAUUGAAUUCCUUAAGAAGCUCCAUGAUGAAGAAAUCCAAGAAGUUCAAGUGAGUGUCCAGACCCAGCAGCUGAAGAUGGAGGUGGACAGCAGCGCCAGGCCUGACCUCACCGGUGCUCUGAGGGACAUCAGGGCCCAAUAUGAGACCAUUGCCCUAAAGAACAUGCAGGAAUCUGAGGACUGGUACAAGUCCAAGUUUGCUGAUCUGACUGAGUCUGCAAAGCGCAACACUGAUUCUCUGAGGCAGGCCAAGCAGGAGGCCAAUGAGUCCAGGAGGCAGAUUCAGUCUCUCAACUGUGAAAUUGAUGCACUGAAGAACACAAAUGAAGCCCUGCUGAGGCAGAUGCGUGAUAUGGAGGACCAGUUUGGCAAUGAGAUUGGCAACUACCAGGACAACGUGGGCAGACUGGAGGAUGAGAUCCGCCACCUGAAGGAGGAGAUGGCUCGCCACCUUCGGGAGUACCAGGACCUCCUCAAUGUCAAAAUGGCUCUGGACAUUGAGAUCGCUACUUACCGUAAACUGCUGGAGGGAGAGGAGAGCAGGAUUACUGUUCCCAUCGUCAAUCUUGGCAUGAGCAACCACUUUGGUGAGCGAGACUAUGAACAAACUCCAAGCAGCAUGAGCAAGAGGACUGUGGUGAUAAAGACAGUUGAGACUAGAGAUGGAGAGGUGGUGAAGGAAUCCAGGAGGGAGAAGGAGAGAGACUCUGAUAGAACCGACAAGGACGACAAGGACGAGUAGAUAAAAACUGAUUAGAAAAUGUGAAGGCCAGAGCCAUGAGGGAAACAAUACAUUAGAAAGAG